GAUGAUGACGAUGAUGAGUGUAUGUAAUUUGUGGAGAAAUUGUGAGAGAAGCAAUGGUAGUAAUUCUACGGCAUAGCGUACCGAACCAGGCGCUUGAAAGUCAAUUUGUUUGGUAAAUCACUGCCAAAAAGAGCAGUAGGCUGGUCUUCUCUAUAUGGCGAAUUAGAUUUGUGUGUGGACGUGUGUGUGUGUAUCUGUUUUGGUGGGUUUGAAAAAAGAGAAGUACGUAACGUAAAGCAGGAAAAAAAUCAUGUUUAGCUGUCUUUGGCAAUUAUGGGAUUGGAUUGAUCCACCCACGUUCACGACGAUGGAGAGUAAAAAGUUGCAACAGUUGCAACAGGCCAAUUCGCAUCUGGCGCCGAUGCCUCAGAUGAAGCCUCCACAAGGUGGCGGUGGUUUUCAGCAUCCGCCACCACCGGGCGGCUACGACUAUGGUGCAACGGCAGCAGCUCCGGGUCGUGCGACUAUGUUUCCACAGAAUCCAUCACAGUACCAGAACUAUGGUCAGCACAGUCAACACCCGUCGUCGCUACGCUCACCUUACUCAACCGGUAGCCCAAAGUCGUCCCUCAGCACCAACAGUGGUGCCCUCUACGGAGCGACUGACGUUGGGGAUCUUUCCUCAACGAGCGGUGGCCCAUCCUAUCAUCUACCGCCGGGACAGCAAGGACUGCUUCUACCGCAUCAGCAACAGUUUCGCAGCAAUACCCUCGGUCCAGGGGGAAGUUACGGUUAUGAUCAGCACCAGCAACAGCUGUACCGUGUUAGCUCUCCAUCGAGUGGUAGUGGUGGAGCAAGCGGCGAACGGGAACGAUUGUACCAAACUGCACCUUUAGUACGAUCUGGCAUUACUGGAAGUGGCGUUGGAACGCCUCACUCUGUGACGAGUGGGAUGAGCUCGUCCCAAAAUGCCCCAAUGUCAAAGCUCGAGCUGCAGUUUCAACAACUUCAGCGAGAAAAAAUACAACAACAGAUCAAAACGGCCACUGAAGCCAUUGCACAUCAGCAACAAACGUUUGCCUUACGGCAACAGUUGAAUCCGCCAGUUCCAAACUAUCACUUAAAGCAAAAUCUGCUGCAGAAUCUUUCUCAGCAUCAUCAACAACAAAUUCAGCAACAGCAGCAGCAACAACAACAGCCACCGCCUCAAAAUCAGCUGCAAGUUCAUAAACAUCCCCAAUAUUCUGCUCAGCAGCAACAACAGCAGCAGCAAAAGCAAUUACAGCAGCAGCAACAACAGCAGCAACAGCAAAAGCAACAGCAUCAGCAGAUGCAACAUGCCAUGAAACAACAGCAGCAACUGCAGCAGCAACAGCAACAAUUGCAGCACCAUCAACAACAGCAGGCACGAUAUGCUUCGAGUGGUUCACAGAACCGUAAUGCACCGCCAUCUAGCCUGAAUCUUAUGAAUCACUGUCAACCGGCAGCUAGCGAAACUGAUAAGAUAAUGCGUUCGCACGUGCCAUCCUACCAUGGGACAGUCGACACGACUGGUGCGGUCAUUGGUUUGUACGGAGAGGAGGAAUCUUUAUACCAUCAAAAGGGUGGCUAUCAACAGGGAGGAAUAUCUUCACCACCAGGCACGAAUAGCGAAAUUAUCAUCCAGCAAAACAUUCCCGGCCAGGUGGUUAAUCAGGCUUGUCAGACACAGAUCAGUUCGAUGCUGUUAGCUGGAAACAAUGGUGGAGGAGCUUCACAACAGCAACAGGUCAAAUCGUCGCCAUCAGACACACUCUCAAGUCCUUCGCACGAUUCUAGCGAGCGCCGGCGCGGUGGUGGCAGUGGACAGCAGCAUACACUAAAAUCUCCCGUCACCAAGCGGCCAGCUAAUGCGCCCGUAGCGUUGUCCGGCUGGCUGUAUAAACAGGGUUCCGACGGGUUGAAAGUAUGGCGCCGCCGCUGGUUUGUGUUGUCUGAGUACGUGUUGUAUUAUUACAAAGGUCAGGAAGAAGAGAAAUUGCUGGGAACCGUGCUUCUUCCUUCGUACAAAGUAUCUGCCUGUUUUCCGGAAGACAAAAUCUACCGAAAGUUUGCGUUCAAAUGUGAGCAUGCGAAUAUGCGCACGUUCGUGUUUGCGGCGGAAAACGGUGAAUCCAUGAGCCAGUGGGUACGAGCGUUGACAUUAGCCACUAUGAUGAUACAGCAUGUAGGUCCCGAGCAGGAGGGAAACCAGCAGCAGUACGGCAAUAACCAAGCAAACAACAGCGGAAACGGCGGUGAACUUUUGUCCAGCGACUCCAGCGGUACUGCUGGUGGCCCUCAGUCACAGGGUUCGAAUGAUACUAUGAAACUUAUUCAGCAAACGAGUGGCAACGGAAGUAGCAGUAGCAGUGGGGUAGGAGGUGGUGGGACUGGGCUUAACGACAGUAUGUCGUUACCACAGCCACUGUACGCGAAUGCACCUCCUAAGCCGAGACGGGUCAAUGAUGCAGGUUACUCUUCACCUAGUCCUGAACACACGUUUCUGCCAGAUCGCUACGAACAAAUGGUGCAAAAUCAGCAAAUGCUAUUCCCAGGAACAGCACCCGGUCCGCAGGGUACUGGCGCAUUGACGUUGGGAAAUAACCGGACGCCGACUGCUUUAACAGCUCAGGCGAUCUACGGUGAUCCGAAACGGAUCGAGCGAGAUUUGUACAUUCAAAAGCUCAUAGAGCAGCAGCAACAACAGCAGCAAUUGAAUGCUUCCAAACAGCAACAACAGCAGCAACAACAACAACUUGGAAUGCAGUCGUCGCCCCUUCAUGCCCAGAAACUGCGUAGUACGCCCGGCGCUGGAACGAAUCCAUUUCUGUAUCCAAGUAAUGAUCGCCGUACUCCGGAUACGUACGGUCCGCCAAAUGCAGCGAUCGAUCCCAAGCAUAUGUCCGACUAUGAGGACAUCUAUAAUUUAACUAUGUUGUCGAAAACGCUACCGUCAAACGCUGCUGGUCAGAUGGAUGGGAUGAUCAGCGAAGGAGGAGGUAUGGCAGGUGGGACAAGCUAUAAACGACCAUCCAGCCCAUUGCGGUACGACAGUAAUGGAGCAUUUCCUACGUACAUGGGAAAUACAUUGUACAAUGCAGGUCAAUUUGAGCAAACAAUACCUUCAGGUGCCGCGCCAUUACCGCAGCACGUUCAGAUGCGUGCACGACCUAUUCCACCAAACAUUCCAAGACCACAUUCUGCCGACUUUUUGGACUAUGAAGCAAGGCAUCCCAUUAGCCAGGCAAUCAGCGGCACUAACGACGAGUCGAGCCCAGUACAUCGUACUCCACGGCCAAAAUCUAGCCUGGACAUUAAUCGUACGCCAGAUCACUAUUACUAUUCUGAGGCCAGCUAUGCGGAGAAGAUGCGUCUGCAAAGUGCCUCGUACUUGCAGCGGGCAAACAACUCGAGUAAUGGGGCAUCACGCAAGCAACGAUCCGAUGAACUUCAAGGAUUGUUCGCUAGCGGAACGAUGCCCCGAGAAGGAUUGUAUCGCAGUGGCAGUGGUAAAAUAAUACAAUCGCAACAACAGCAACAGGUGGAGGAUUAUGCUAACGGGUCACAAAGUAUGCCACGACCAUCCGCUACUGACCGAACGGCCGGAAGCAGCCGUCCUACAGUUAGUAGUUUGAAAAAACAAGGUAGUGGUUCUUCCUUGCAACAGCAGCAGGAGCAAUUCGCUCGCUCAGCAAGCGCACGUUUGCCUCGCAAAGAGGAAGAUUCAUCCGCGCGGGACGGUGAACGCAAGCGGGAAGAAUCAAUGAAGCGGCUGCUUGAAUGGAAACAAAGAAUGUUGCAAUCACCUUUGACGAAAAAAAUCGCUAGCCAACAUUCGGCCACGAUGGCUUCCGCCGAAUCGCUUAAUCCAGGCUCCAGCGCAAGCGUUGGCGGCGAUCGCCGACAGGAGGAUAUCUAUGGCAUGAAGUCCGAAGAUUCUCUGCUUCGUGGUGAUUACUAUUCUGCAGCAUAUGAACGUCAAUCGAUCGGCGAUUUGACCGGUAUCGGAUCCGCAACCGCUAGAAAGCAUGGUGGCAGUGUGGCCAACAUUGCUCAAACAUCGGCGUAUGGUAGUGAGAUGAAACUUAACGGUGAUUACAACAGUUACUCGUCGGACGAUGAAGAUGGAAGAAAUUUUACGCCGGCAGGAAGGUCAUCCCCACUCGUUAAUACCGUUGCCACGAAUGAGGUAGCAGAAGCACCACCACCACCACCACCACCACCACCUCCAAAACACAAUUUAACACAACACAACCACAGCCACCGAUUUUCCGAUUUCGACGCUGGCUCUGGCAGCACUGAUAAUACGAUGCACGCAUUAACGCAAUCUUUUUACACCGACAAUCCGAGUGGCAGUGGCGGUGAUGGUAAAGACAGGAUUAUCAAACCAGCCGCUAACGAUAGUCCGGACAGACACAGUAAGAUGGAGCAGAAAAAGGAUAACAUACCGACAGAAUUGGCGAUGAGUGAGCAACAGGAUGAGGAUGAGGAUGGGGUUUAUGAGGAUAGUUUAGUGAACCACGCAAGUCUGAACGCAAGUCCAAGCUUGAGUGUGGAUGCGAAUGUUUAUGAAAAUAGUUUUAUAAAAGCGUCAAAUGAUCAUAAUCAAAUUAAUCAAAAGUCGAAUGGCAGGAAUGGGCAAGAUCAUCCUGCGGACGGUGUUGUAGUCGGUCUCACCGGGAACCUUGUGAAUAUCAAUGUCCAUGGUUUUAGUGAUAAAAGUAGUGCUAGGGUAAAUGGUAGUGGAAAUCAUAAUAAUCCAUCAUUUGAAGCUAAACCUUUGCUCAUCACGGAAAUGGUUACCUCCAAACAACACGAACAACAGCUACAAACGUAUGUGCCAGUUUACAAGCACAAUAUAUCAUCGCUGAGUAUCAAAGCAUUACAUACACCUUCGUCGGAUGCUGGAAGCGAACAGAGCAAGGAGUUAGAUAAAGAAAUGGAAAUCAAAAUUCCAGAGUCAACUAAUGGCCAAAAUGUGAGCAUAACUAAUCAUGAUGUAGAUCCUGAUCUCGGUGACGAAAAGAUUGCAGAUGAUGGAGAUGAUAUUUUUGAAUAUACCGAUGAAGAUCUAGAUGAAGCGUUGCAACAUGCUGAGGAACAGCAGCAAAACAGCUCCGAUAAAGAUCGGAACCAAAUAUCUACAAACGAGGAACCUUCUGUGGAAUUGCUAAACUAUGGUGCGACGAUGGACGACGAGCUUUCGAUGCAAAUAAUGGAAGGACACUACAUGCCGAUGACUCCGAGAAAGAACUUAAUCAGUUCGGCUAGCAGCUGCACGACACUGUCAUUGUUAAACCGCAACAACACCAUGAAUCAAACCGUUCAGGGGAUAUCGUCAUCAUCAUCGACAGGUAAGUUACGCACUUGUGAAAGUUUAACAGCGAUGGACAUACUGGAUUCGAUACAAAAAAGCAACGAAAUGCAAAUGUGCAACGCGUACGACGAGAGUACAUACAUUGAGAUGACAAAGGGUGCACUUGGCAAGAGCGUGUUUGCAACGGCGGAAGAUUUGCGGGGGACGACCUAUGAAAUGAUAAUGAUACCGGAGUCUUCCCGAUCGCUUGCUGGAAAAGGUGGUGGUAAUCAUGAUGGGUUAGGUGUAAAUCGAGGUACAGCAGAUUCCGAACCAUUGUACAUGGAACUGUCGCAAUUGCAUAGCAGCAUCAAGACACUAUCCAAAAACGAUUCUAAGUGUGGAUUCAACAAUGGAGGUGGGAAAAAAGAUGAAAAGCUCGACGUGAAAAGGGUUGAUAGUGGACAAAUGAAGAAGAAGCAUAACUUGGAAGACACGGUUGAACUUAGUGUCGAAAAAACCAGUACGAUGGUGCGAAUGAAAAAUGCCGUCACCAGCAGUGGGACAAGCAAUGUGAAUAAAAAAAGGAAAAAAGAUAAAAACUGGCCAGAUAUAGUAAUGCAAUCGAGCAAGACUGAUAGUGAGAGCGAAUCGGACACGCCAGAUAAAUUGAACGAUGAAUGUAAACGAAUGAAAAAGAAACCUAAUGGCAAGGAGAAGAAAGUCACUUCCAAUACUACCGACCUGCAGAGUAAAACAAUGGCCCGUUCACGAUUUAGUCUUUCGGAUACUUUCCGUCCAGCUUCCUAUUAUUUAGGGGCAAGCGGUAGUAGUACCACACCGUUCAGUCACGGUAACAGUGCAGGAGAAAGUUCGUUCGAUAUUUUGCUAGACAGCUCAGACAGUGACAUUGUAUCGCCACCCCCAAUACCGAUCACUUCGCUUCCGCUCGAUGAACCGGAUGGUAGCUGUGUGGAUGAAGGAAGAAUGUUAUUGAGUACAGUCGAUAUGCAACGAUACACCAAUCGGGAGAAGUUUCGAUCAAGCGAAGCGAUUGAUCUGAUAAAAAAUCACCACGCACAGGAAAAAAGGCAAUCAGUGCAAAGUUUGAUUACGGGGACGUCCAGCGGUGGUCAAUCGUUGGCUGGCUCAAUGAAUUUGUCUUAUGGCAUGCGCAGAGAAAGUGGCAGUAUUUCGUCAAAUCGUUCAAGUCUACGCAGUAGUUCUCAGGGUUUGUUUGGCGUUAGUAGCAAUGGUGCAGUUGGUAAGCAAACGCGUGAUUCAAUUAGCGGUCACGAUCAUCGUUCCUAUGAUGCUGUGUCCCAUGCAUCAUCAGAAUAUGAAGUACUUGUUCGGGAUGUGUUUGCAGGUGGAAGUAGAUUAGGAUCGGCCAUGGGGUCAGCACGGAAGGAUGAUUCGUCGGCCCGAAGUUCAAUCACACUUUCGGAAACGAGUGGUUCCAUCGAGUGGAGGAGUCGCUCGUGCAUGGAUGUAUCGGUGAGGAACAAAAGACGCCCGAUAUCAGGAAGCUCCAUCAAUUGCCCUAUCGAAAUGGCUUUGGAUGGUCUUGAUGGUACGACAGAGAUGGGUGAAUCUGUCGAAACCGAUAGGCAAGUUGCUAUUGUUGAAAGCAACACAGGCGAAUCGAACAACAGUUUGUGCAACUUUUCACUAAACGGACACGAUAAUAGUAUCUACUAUGAGAAUGUAGAUCUAACGGGGCCGAAUGGGUCAGAAUUAACAUCCAGAAAUCUAGCCGCUCCAAUACUCAGUCCCCUUAGAGAGAAAAAUCUCUCCUUACAUGAUGCACGUUGCCAAUCGGAAUAUCUUGGUACGGUUCUCGAGGGCAACAGUCUUGACGUGGAAAAUGCGUCCCUAUCGUCGGCGAUGGAUCCCGAUCAACAAAGUUCGUGCACGAUACGCUAUGAUUACGCUCGUUCGAAUCAGUGUAACAGGACAAUCACACCAAUAGAUGGAGGCUUACAUUCAGUGGCGACGGAAACGAUACACAGUCGUAACAAUAGUACAAUAUCGUCGGAGGCUGCUCCAUACUACUAUUCCGAUUUACAGGCGGCUCGAACACGUGAGGAAGAAAGCAUUCAGUAUCAACAUGGGAACGGCGGGUCCCAUACGUCACCUACCGCUUCAAUGGUAGCGGGUGAUACGCUCAACAAUCAGCGUGAUCCUGGAGGCUUGCGCAAACAUACAACUGGUAGCAUUUUUCAUAUCCAUAAUCCGCUGAACACACUCAAAACGGCAAAUCUGUUGUUGCAUGCAUCCGCUAACGAGAAGCAUGCAGAGAUUGAUCGCAAAAACAUUUACGAGUCUGACCGGAUCGGACAGAAAGAUGUUAACAAAACGCUUGCUGCAUCGUUGGCAGCAGGUGGAGGCAAGAUUAUCGGCUUGCCAAUGGGUAGAUCAACCUCUUCUUUAUCCGUAAAUGCUUCCAGGGAUGGUACAGUUAGUCGGUUAUCAUCUAGUUCAAUGUGCAGUUCCUCAUUCCAACGUCAAGACGGCGCAAUUGGUGGACAUUCUAGGGCAAGUGAUGAUCCUGUGCCAGGCUGUAGCAACGGUAGGAGGGAUGGAUUGCAACAGUUGCUCGAUAAUUCUGAUGGUAACAUUUCAUCUGGUGAUCAACUCUGGGAAGAAGAUACACUUUGGAGGGAUAAUCUUAGACGCGUGUCUCAUAUUCAUGCAAAAUCAAUGGAAAAUCUCGACCAUCUGGGUACGAUUAGGUCACCAUCUGCUGCUUUGCUGGCUAAAACAAUCAACCAACAGCAGGAACAACGUGACAUACAGGAAAGGAUUCGCGAUGGACAACAACAGAGCGAUCCAAAUAGCGACGAGCUAAAAAAGAAACCAACGGUCAAAAUAAAUCGUAAGGAUGUUACCUAUGUUAAUGAGCAUCUAACAAAUCUGCCUUUAUCGAAAGCGGCAUCAGGUGAGCAGAUGGGAACACUGAAAAAAUCGAUUCUACGCACACCAUUGUGCAAUGAAGAUGGUACUGAAGGUUGCAAUGGAGACGAUGAUGACGUAUAUGUCCAGCUUGCAAGUAACGUUUCCUCUUCGGGUACGAUCGUACGUGAUGGUCGAUGGUCUGCAUCCAGUGGUCGAGAAUCGGAUGCGGUGUACGAGGUGCUUCGGGAUGAAAUUAAUCGAUACGAUAUCAAUCGUGAAACAAUUAGACAAUGGGAUCUAAUGUCCAGUGGUCUUGUUAACAGUAGCAGUACGGCGAGCAAUUACUCGAAAUCAAAUGGAAAUAAUGGUGAAUCGAGUAGAAAAUUGCUUACCGGAGCUAGUACUACACCUAUCAUUAGCAAAGCAAACACGAUGGAUAAUGCAGAUGGAGCCACGUAUCAUGUAGAAGCACAAACAUUUUCUAGAACUGGAACUAGAUCCGUAAUGGCAACGCAAUCCUUUGAUGACUCUGGUGGCAAAUCAAACGAUGCGGAGACUAUUAACAGUGUGCAUAAUAGAGAGUACAGUAUUACAGAUAGUAAACGAAGCAUGGAAUCGGUGAGGGAUAAAUAUAAUUUUGAUAGUAGCAAGCAUAUGAACGCUCGGAAAAGUGAUACAAGGGAAGUCGCAUCGAUAUCGGUGAGAAACGUUUUCAACCUGCCAAAGGUAGCACUAACGGUGAAGCCGGACCCCUCGGAUCCCACCUAUCUACAGACGAAGGAUGGCGUUACACCAGGCAGUUUUUACGAUGGCAUGAUGUUGGGUUCCUCGGAUUAUUAUGGCAGCGAGAAGUACAUUCGUCCUGAUAUCAGCUUCGAAUCGACGCACGAUCUGUACACGCAAGCACAGCUCCAGCGUGCCCAGGAAUUGAACCUACAGCAGCACUAUCAGCUGCAAAACAUCGAUCGAAGUCUAGCAACAAUGCAGGAACAGCAACAUCAAGACGCUUCCCCACAAUCGCCCAUGAGAGGUGGUGGAAUUGAGACGAAAUGGUCAACAACUUCUACUGCCGGUGGUAAUGACACGGUCGGAUAUUUGAAUGGUCGCCUCAAGAACGAUUCCUCUAACGAAAGACUGGAUAGCAAGCCUUUGGAUGUAUCUGCUGGGGACUUGUUAAAUCGAACGCACGAAGAGUUGAUACUUUUGCUAAUCCAGUUGAGACGACAAAACAGUCAAACGGCGCGAUCCAUUGAACAAUGCUGCACAAAUAUUCACGAAUUACAGAAUCUGAUCCGAACCGCUGAAGGAAACCGGAAAGCUGACAGUUUGGCUAGAUUGGAUGCGCUUAAACAGCAAUUGACGGAGCUUGAAAAGCAGUAUGAAAAGGAGAAACCUUUGAUCAAUUUAGUUGACAAUAUGGUUAAGCUGGGAAGCUUGUACCGUGGUCCGAUUGGUGGCAAAAAGCAAUUACAGUCGCCCGAAUCUGCCACACUAGAUCGGUUAGAAUUCAACCAGAGAAUGCAAGAACGGCGACUGUUGCAAGAAGAACAGCGGCAAUGGGAUAGAACCAGCCCGAACCACGUUGAGUUACAGUCUAAAGUGCAGCAGUUGUAUCAGAUUGACAAAUUGAUGCAGGAAGAAUCGGGUACACUGCAAGCGUUGCAAAGGGACAAAGAGAAUUUGGAAAAAGCCCUUGCUAUUUUGAAAACGAAGGUCCUGAAUCGCGAAAGUGGGAACAUGCCGAUGGCGAUGGAUACGGCAAGACAACAACAGCACACGCUGGAACGUGAACUAACUCGAGUGCAUCAGUUACUGGCCGCUAAUUCAAAGAAACUGGAGAAAACAGUUUCCACAAAUGCACGACUGGAGCAGGAACUUCUGGUAUUGCGACAAAAGCUACAAGCCACUCGUGAGCAUCGUUCGAUGCAUUCUGUUUUUGAUUCGGCCUCGUCGAUCGAUAACCAGUACACGCCCGGUUCGGUAACUGCUGUGCUUGAGUCGGAAUUAAAGCGUGCAAAGCUGCUGGUAGGCGAUAUGCAACGUCAGCGACAGGAGCUUGGACAAGCCGUACGUCAGCUAACGUCGUACAGCGAUAGCAAUGGUUCACAAAUGAUGGACCGUCUGCAGAGUGACGAGCAACAGCAUUUACAACAUCAGCAGGAACACCAGCAACAGAGAGAACAACAGGCAAAACAUAAACGAAGCUAUUCUUCGUCCUGGGUAGAGACGGAUCUAGAUUCAAUGGCAGGAAAAGAAUCAUCGGUAUCCAGCUCUAACGCUCACCGUGCGCUAUCCUCUUCUUCAUCGAGCGUAUUAACCAUCGAUGAUGAGAUGCAAAACUUCUUCCUUCCAAGUAGUCGCACCAAAGAUCCUAUGGAAGGAAUGGAAUCGAUGGAUGAGCUGUAUGCAGCUGGGUCUGCAUACAACUAUGGCAGUGGUAUGAUGAAUGCUGUUGACAAGCAAGAAAUUAAAACUGUUCGCAUUGUAAAGCGCGAAUCGGAGCGCCGAACGAGAGAUAAGGAAAAGAACGACCGCAAUCUUGCCUUGAGCCUGGACCAGGUGCUGGAAGAGGAAGCGCAGCUGAUGGAGGAUUACCAGCGAUCAAAAUCGUUACCAAGAGGAUACGAAACGCACGAAUUGUUCGUACAGAACCAUGAAGCCCUCGGCGGUGGUGGAGGCAGUGAUGGUGUAAUGGGAGGAGCAGCAACUUCGCUUGACAGUAGCAGGAUGAUGAUCGAUUAUUAUAGUAGCGUAGUUGCAUCGACCAAUGGAAACAGUUAUCCGGUUUCGUUGAUCGAUCGUCAGGCCGAUCUGUACACUGGUCACUUUGAGACAGGGUUGCAAUCGAAAUACAUCACCAACGACAUGACCAACGGCGGAAGUGUGAGCAGAUCAUCGGCAAUGAUGAGCAAUUCGUACCAAGGCAAUUCCUAUCUCACGAGCGGAAGUACGGGUAUCGCUGCAAGCGCGCUGGGCGGUUUGAAAAGAAAAACCGAAUCUAUCCAAAGUCUCACCAACACCGACGCGGAACUAGAUCCUGUAUUCCAGAGCGAGGCUGCCAAGCAAAUUAUCAACGAGAUGGCGACUGGAGCAAAUAUGUCUGUUGUUGAAAAUAGUGCCGAAUCAUCGGGUAGUGGCGAGAAUAAAGCGCCCCCCAGCAAAGACGAGCAGCAGUAUCAGCAACAGCAACGCCAACAAGCACAACAAAAUCGACAGCGUCGAGCAGUCCCGAAGGAAAAGCGUCGGCAUCAUACGGCCCCCCAUCAUGUGAACGCCAAAUCGAUUGAACUGAUGCACAGCGAAAAUGACAUGAACAAAAAUAACGUCAACUGGAGAGCGCGUGAUGAUGUUGAUCUUGAGGUGACGAUACGACCACGAUCUAAUGCACCUGACGUAGUGCGAUCGGCGCUUGGACCGCGAGAAAAAAUUUCAGAGCAUACCAUCGACAAAUUACUAGCAGCUCCGAGCAAAAUACUUAUUCCCGAGCGUUACGUACCGGAGCAGACGCCCGAGCUAUCCCCGGAGGAGAAACGACGGCGCCAGGAAAAAGUGGAAGCAAUUAAAAAGAUGCUUUCGGACACUCCGAUUGGCGGUGGUGCUGGCAAUAAUGAAACCGGAACAAAUCCCGUCGUUCCUAACGCGGAAAAGAAGCAACGCGAACAUCUCAUUCAACUCAAUCAAAUCCUCGCACAGCAAGUGAUGCAAAUGAGCAAGAUUGUGGCAGAGGAUAAACCGGCGAGCUAUGGCAUAAACGACAUGCGAAAAGAAAACUCGUCAGCCGUACUUCCGUCGAAGAUAAAAAGGAAAUGUAAUGCACAGUUUGGUGCCAACUCCUCGUCCGCUAGCAAAACGAACGACGAAAAAGAUCACUACGAAUCGGAUUUGGAAGACUACGAUACGGAUUCUCCGGCCGAACCACUCCCACUGUAUCAGCAGCGUGAAAACUACUUUACCUAAGAUGAUGAGCAGGUGAUGUUAGGUGA